GCUUUCGACGAUUUCUUUGGGAAAAAGAGUAUAGAGGAGCAAUGUACAGAAGAAUCCUUGAUACAUCUACACGAAGCAUUUUUGACUUCGGAUAAUGAAGAAAUGAACAUUUCUCAAUUGUAUGAUGUUUUUAAAAAUAUAUUACACAUUAACUUACCGAAUGACGAAUUUGAAAUAUUAUUUAAGAAAAUGAACUUCAAGAGAGACGGAAAUAUUACAUGGAAUGAAUUUAUUUCUUAUUUAUUAGUAGAGUUUCAGAAAAAGGAUACUGCUUUGCAAUGGCAGAUAUUGAAAUCUCCAAUAACAGGCACCCCCCAACUUCUAAAAUCACAUCACCGUACACCUAUACAUAAAAUAAUCUUUUGCCCUGAAGUUUUGCCUGAUAGAACUAUAGGUUUCCAAAGAGGAUGUUACUUAACAGUGACUAAAGAUGGAAUCAUCAAUUACUGGUCGUUGGAUUUAGAAUAUGAACGUACCGUACAAUCAGUGAAUCCUUAUUUAAGAGUACAACAAACAUUGAUAACCGACACGAUUGUAAUGCCAGAUGUGCAAGUAGUGUGUACUAGUUCUACCGAAUGUGAUUUGAGAUUUUACGAUACCGUGGCAAAAAAAUUUGAUCUACGAGUGAUGAUCUCAGGCUUAGAGAAAGCAGUCACUUGUAUGGAUUACUACUUCAAUAAAAACAUCAAAGAGGAUUCGUAUAUUGUACUUGGAGAUAUGAGUGGAUCUAUUAAAGUUAUAUCUUUCUCUCCUAUAGAUAGAGGACCAUUUAGACAAGAACCUCAGCGUGAUACUUUGUUUGUUCGCUAUGAAUCCGUUGUUAAGGGUGAAUUACAAGGGAUGAAAGUUACAGAGUUCAAGGAAAUGCAUACAGACUGGGUAAAACAAGUAGCAUAUUAUGAUAGUCUCAAAGCUUUCGUGUCUAGCAGCAGAUGCGGCAGUUGUUCCCUUUUAAUUAGUGACAUUACAGGAACAAGACUUCAAUACAAAUUCCAAGUUAAUAUGGGAAUAACUUGUUUUAUAGUUUGCGAGGAAAGUCAAAUGUUGGUCACUGGUGGACCAGAUUGUAUAGUUCGGGUUUGGAAUCCUUUCGUGACAAGACGAGCAAACAAUACUUUUCAGGGACACCUUGCAGCUAUUUGCGCCUUAGUGACUCAAAAUGCUGGCAAUCGCGUAUAUUCGCUGUCAAAGGAUCGUUGCGUUAAAGUCUGGGAUGUAUUGGCUCAAUCUUGUAUUCAGACAUAUAAUGGUCUUCCUAGUGAAUUAGGUGAACAUACAUCGAUGACCAUAGUUUACAAUUCAUUGAAUCACAAGAUGAUCAUUGCUAGUAUGAUUAUUGCUGUGAUCAUUUGCGAUCCUGUAAUCAACGAAGAAGUAUCUGAUGGUUUUACACACACCAAAUCUGUUAGCUGUGUUUUAUACAAUCAUCUUUACAAAGUGGUAGUUUCUACUGGAUUAGAUUCUUGUAUAAUAGUUUGGGAUCCGUGGCUUGGAAAUCGUUUAUAUUUAGUAACGCAUGCACAUAGCCAAUUCUUGUAUGGUCAGUAUCAUGACGUUGAGAUAACUGCCGCUUGUUUCGACGAAUCUGAACAAUUGUUAGUGACAGGAGCCCGCGAUGGUACACUAAAAAUAUGGAAUUUUAAUACAGGCAUUUGUUUACGAAACAUGGCAGUUGAAAGUAACUGUGAAAUAACAAGUUUAGCUUGGGUGGAAAAUCGAAUCUUGUCCAGCGGUUGGAACCGUCAAGUUAUUGAAUUUGCAACUUCCGAUACAAACAUAUACAAAAAGAGUUGGGGAAUGAGGCACACCGAUGAUAUUCUUUGUUCAGCCAUCUGGUAUCCUCAAGUUUUAGCGACAGCUACUUAUAACGGAGAAAUAAUACUUUGGAGAUUGGAAACGGGUCAACCGUAUCGGAAAUACAAAGUAAACGAUCCUAUGUCUAGACAAGAUUCCACGGUUUCUAAACACCAGGAAUCAGCAUUAAACAUUAUACGAAUCGUCGCUGUUCGUGCUAUGAUAUUUUUAAGUACACGACCAACUGGACCGACUAUUGGAACAUUAUUAGUUUCCCUCGAUUCGGGUUUGAUACAAGUUUGGAGUCAUCAUCCCGGAGGCGGAUUUUUACAAGCGUUUUCAGUUAUUCAUGCUGUCGGUGACUGUGUAUUAUCAUUGACAACCGAUCCUAAAGAUCGUUUCCUUGUAACAGGGCAUAACACAGGAUACAUAAAAGUUUGGUAUCUUGCAAAUUACUUGAUACCAGAUCCUCCUAGAACGUGCAUGCCUCUUUUGAGAUUAGAAUUCCCGUUUUUAUGGAAUGAUAAAAUUAAUGGAAGAGCUAAGAGAGCAGUACGGGAUCAGCCAUUGCCACUUUUACUUUCUUCUGUACGCGGGCACGAUAAAGCAGUCACAUCUAUUCAAAUAAUUCCCGAUGCACGUAUCGUUAUUAGUGGUAGUGUAGACCACACGGUGCGCUUAUGGACGUUGGGGGGACGUUAUAUAUCUACCUUUGGAACGUUUAAAACAUGGUCGCCAAUUUUGCCUACAAUUCCAGCAUAUAAGUAUUUCCAAGAUUAUAAAAUUCCGCCAGACAUUAAAAGAGUCGCAAGUUCAACGACCAUAAAGGUCUUAAAAGGUGGCAUUAGAAAAAUUAGAACCGAAUCUGAGCUGGGUAUAUCGGAUUUCGAAAAGGCUAUAAUUUCUGAACAUCAACAUCCCGAGAUAGACGGAAGGAGACUUACUAUUUCGGUUAUGAGUAAAUCAGUCUUGAUGCUUUUCUUAGAUUAUCCUGUGUUGGAUAGCUCUUUACCAUACAUACCUAUAUACACGCAUUUAAAACUAAGAUCUUUGAAAAGUGUAAAAACACCAAAACUACCGCCGCUUCUGCAAAAACAAAAAGAAUUAACGUAA